AUGCCUUCAAUAUCAUCGCUCCCAUCGAGCAGUGCCUCGUCCACUGCGAGCAACGAUGGCAAGACGAAGAAGCCAGAACGCAUCACUACAAACAGUCACCACGUAGCGGUACCUGUCAAGCAACUCAAUGGCGAAGCGAAAGCUGUCGAUCAGCCUUCAGAGCGACCACAGAUCAUUGGUUGGAGCUUUGAGGAUCAGAACGGAAGGCUUCGAGUAGAGUAUGCUUCAGCUGAGCACGAACGGAGGUUCCGGACGAGCGAGUGA